CCCAGAGUGCAGCGGGGUGGCGAGGGAAGGCAGGGGGGAAGGGACAGUCGGUCGCAGACCGCGCUGGGUUGCCGCCGCCGCCGCUGCCGCCAUCGUGCCAGCCCCUCGGAGACCUAAAGGUCAGUGAAGGCUGAUGCUCAGUGGGCGAGAGGUCAUCAAGGUCAUUUCUGCUCCUCGAGGAGCCUGGCCUCAGUCAGCCUGCGGACUGUUGGGGUGAAGCAGGAGAUGGCGUGGUCAGCGGCCCUCUUGGAAGAACUGUAGGAGAAGCCGUCAUGAAGGUCUCAACGAGGCCGGGUGACGCUCCAGAAUGGGAGACAAGCCAAUUUGGGAGCAGAUUGGAUCCAGCUUCAUUCAACAUUACUACCAGUUAUUUGAUAACGACAGAACCCAACUAGGCGCAAUUUAUAUUGACGCAUCAUGCCUUACGUGGGAAGGACAGCAGUUCCAGGGGAAAGCUGCUAUUGUGGAGAAGCUGUCUAGCCUUCCGUUCCAGAAAAUCCAGCACAGCAUCACGGCACAGGACCAUCAGCCCACGCCAGAUAGCUGCAUCAUCAGCAUGGUUGUGGGCCAGCUCAAGGCUGAUGAAGACCCCAUCAUGGGGUUCCACCAGAUGUUCCUCUUAAAGAACAUCAACGAUGCUUGGGUUUGCACCAAUGACAUGUUCAGGCUUGCCCUGCACAACUUCGGCUGACCUCCUCCCAGCCAGGCACUCAUGCUGUUUCCUCCUCCCUCCUCUUCCUGAUACUAUUCACACUCCUCCAGAUGCUCCAAAUAUCAUACACAAACGAGCAGGGCCGCGGUGGGAGCGGGUGCAGUGCGCUGCUGCUACCGAGGUAUUGUGCAUGAUGUUUGGAUGCUAGACUAGUUGCAUCUGACAGGAGAAGUUUGUGUUGUACCAGCGCAUGCCUUGGAAAGACUUAAGUAAUGCAAAAGGUUGUCUUUUUUUUUUUUUUUUUUUUUUUUUUAAUCUACUGACAAGUUGCUCUAGUAACCCAAAGAAGUGAAGGAGAAAGCAGCUGCCUCACCGCCCGAUAUUGAUUUGUUCGGAUGUUUCAAUGCCUCAUGAUACAAUAAAACCACAAAAUUUUCUUAACAGUUUAAAUUGUUUUAAUUAGUUUAAUAGUUGGCUGGGCAUCAGUAAUCACCUUGCCCCUUUGGCUCUCUCAUGUCUCACCUUCCCACCUUCCCCCCAACUCAGCAAUACCUGUGGCAAAGAGAAAACUGCUGAAGCGGCAUUCCCAGCUAGCUUCUCUCAGAAGCCCUGUAGGGCAUAAUAUUCCCCACCUCAGCCCCACUGGGCUUGGAAAACCGAGCUGCAGACAGCUCAGGUCCAGCCCGAAGCUUCCUCUGCCCCGGAGCCUUUGCAGUCAGUUCUGACAACUCCUACAUUGUGUAGGAUCGGGCCUCUGGUAAUAGAAAUGAUCUAGAAUCCCCCUGAAAGUGACUCAUCAGGUUCAGGUGCUCUGGACUGAGGCCUCAGCAAAACUACCCUAUGGUUUUGAGGGAGAGGGUCCUGUUUGACCCCCCAGAAUGACCCCCCCGGAAUGGUCAGGAUCACAUCCAGGGUGCCCCAUAAACCCUAAGCCAAGCAGAGGGCAGCUCAGAUUUUGUACCACCUACUUUGGAUGUCAUUGCCCAGAGGUGAGUGCCCAGAACACCCAGCCUCCAUUGCCCACAGAGCAAGGCCCAGUUGGGUUGGAGUAUCGACUUAAGAGUUAAUGAAAGUCUGAGUUUGAGGGAUUUGUGCUCUGGGAUUUCUCACCCCUCAGACCUCUCCAAGGCAUCUCUAGGCCUCCUGCUUCCUCCCUCACCAUACACACACCUUCACAUUGUCUUCAAGUCCCAGGAAAUCUUAACUAUUGGGGCAGUUUCUGCUUCUCAAUUUGGGGAACAGAGGCCUUGCCCAUUGCAGAACUAGCCCUUGAGCCCUGAGACCUCUGGUGGUAUAAGCCUGGUGGCAAGAUAGCAAUCAGAAGCUAGAACCAACCCAGGUCUUGGGCUGGUGCGCUCUUAGGGGUUUCAGGAUUGGCGAGGGCGUCACAGUUAGGCAGACCACAAAUUGAGAUUUCAGUGGGACUGAUUUAGGAUGCUGUGUGUUUGGGGAGUGGCGUUUGUGAGAGAGGUAGAUGCCUGGUGCCUCUUAAACCACCCUGUAUUCUGCAAUACAGCUUCUUCCAUGUACCUGUGCCUGAAAUUUCUGCAAUAAAGAGGUGUUUGUAAA